GUUUUUAUAAGGAGAGCGGUUUGUAAACACGCGUCUUGCUGUACUGUGCAACGGGCCAAUAAUGUAUCGCGCGGUACAUCGCGACUUGUCAAACUGACAACUUCAUACAACUUUAAGAUACAGCGGCAUAUUACACAUUUGGGAUUAUAUGCAUAUCUGAAAGUACAUAAAUACUGGUUAGAAACGGAAAGAGGUCCCAUUGGGUUAUUCUUAACAUAUAUUAUUAAAUGUUGUAAUGAUUAUACAAGUGCAUCAGUACAUGUAGAAAAUAUAAAAUGAUAAAUCAAAUAUAAUAAAUAGAUAUUGCUAUUUUUAUAUUAAAAAUAUCAUGGUACAAUAUACAUCUCAGUGACUUACGUAGUGUUGUGUGAACUAAGCGUGAACCCCAUUUACAUUAUAAUAUAAUAUACACAUAGGUAAUUUUACACUGAAUUUACGUAUUACCAAUUAAUUAAUUUUAUGUGCGAGAGGCGAACGCCGCAGCAGGCUAGCGGCGGCAGUCCAGGACUGGGCGCGCAUAUGCUGGCCAUGGAUGUGACCAAAGAGGCCCGCGCGUCCCCGCUGCCUGCGUCUGCGCAGCCGCCAUCUUCUACUCCCACACAGCCACAACAACAGCCACAGAUAUGCGCCGGCUGCAGCAAAGUUAUCACUGAACGAUAUCUACUCAAGGCUUUGGAUCAAUUAUGGCACGAAGACUGCCUCAAAUGUGGCUGCUGCGAUUGUCGCUUGGGCGAAGUUGGCCAUACACUUUAUACACGCGCCAACCUCAUACUCUGCAAACGAGACUAUUUAAGGUUAUUUGGCAAUACCGGAUACUGUGCAGCGUGCAAUAAGGUGAUCCCUGCAUUUGAGAUGGUGAUGAGAGCUCGAAGUAAUGUUUACCAUCUCGAAUGCUUCGCCUGUCAACAGUGCAAUCACAGAUUCUGCGUUGGAGAUCGUUUCUACUUAUGCGAAAACAAGAUCCUAUGCGAGUACGACUACGAGGAGCGGCUUGUAUUCGCGAAUAUGGCGUACAAUCCACCACCAUUAGCGCACCUCAAGCGCCAGACAACGCAUUUACCCCCACCACCGACGAGCAACGCAAUGGGGGGUUUGAUGAACGGGUCUAGUCGCUCCGGUGACCUCAACAAUAAUAUGUCAGGUUCAUCUCCAGCGCCAUUCGCCCCACCGCCGCACCUCAAGCCCCUCGGGCUUUCAGCGUCCAGCUGAGACUACCGCGUGUGAGACGCGAUCCACCCGUAUGCCAAGUAUCAAAAUUGAACGGGCGUACUAAAAUGGACUUUAGAACAAAAUGUGAAAAAAGUUUCGUGUCUAAACUCACCUAAAUCGAACCCAUUGGACUUUAUCUUUGAACACUUUGAAUAAUAUAGAAGCAAAGUAAAAUGCCAAACUGUAGUUACUCGCUAUGAUUGUUACGAAAAAUAAACUAAGUAGGUAAGUAUAAAAAUCUUCACCUACAUUACCACUUUACUUUCAUUAAUAGAACGUUUGGAAAAUAUUUAUGUAUUAAGUUCAUAAAAUCUCAUGUUGAUCUCAGAAAGGCAAUUUUGCUAAAUUAGUAUAGGAUAAUCAUAAUUGUCUGUGAAAAAAAUAUAAUUAUCAUAGUAAUCUGGCUGUAUAAAGCUGUAUACACACUUGAAUAAAAACAUGUAUUGGUCAAAUUGAAAUAAGUAUUAAAUUACUCAAAUAAUUAAUACAAUGCUUUAAUGAAAUACAUUUAUAGGCACCAGUCAAAAUAAUUAUUUAUGAAUAUCUAUUUUGUCUGUGAUAAUGUUUCAUAAAAUUACAGAGCUCGAAUAUUCAUUAAUACAUAUUUAAAAAAUACAAAAUUAAUUGUAAUUUAGUUUAUCUAUGUAUGUAAUUGCUCUAUUCUAUUGUAGUUAUUACAAUAUUGUCAAUACAAAGAAUCGAGUGUGUAUGCAACUUAAGUGCGGCUACAACGUGCGCGGGUAAUAAGACUGCCGUAUUUUCGUUUAGACGGGAGUAUGAAUUGUAUUUUAGUAAUAUAAUGGCAAUGUUAAUGUAAAUACUAAUUAAAAUUCAUUAUUAUCUGUGUAGUAUACAAGUGAACAAGUUGUAAUGACGUCAUUUGAAAUUUAAAAUAAAACCGUUACAUAACCUGUGAGGAUGUAUAAGACAAUUGUUAUAAUUUUAUCUUAAAAAUAUUUAUAUUUUACUUUGAUUAACUGUCUACAAACAUAAUUUUUAAAGCCACAGAUAUAUCCAGAGAUAGAAGGACCAAAAACUAAUACGUAAAAUAGGCGUGAUGCGACAUCUAUUGAAAUUAUUAUCUUUGGGUAGAGUUGAUCGGUAGGCAUUACUCGCCUAUGCUAAUUGUAUACAAUAGCUGUAGUAUAUUUCAUCUGUUAUAUCCUUCAGUGAAGGAUAUAACAAUGAGGAUGUAGUCGAAUCAGUUGGUAUUUUAUAUUAGUAUUACAUUGAAUUCACUAGAAAUCAACUACGAUAGUUUCUAGAUGGACUAUGUGGAGGUCGACCUGAUGUGGUUAACAAUAGGGUCUCACAUCUCUGUUACUAAUAGUCCUUUUCCCUUGCAUUAAAUGUGUUGAUCAAGUUCGAUUUUUGUUAAGGUCCCCUCAAUUGAUUGGCUCUAUGGAUCGAAUGUCAAAUCGUGUUGUUCGUAGACAGUUUUAAAUGAUUUUUAGAUUCCCUUAUAUAAUUGUAAUUGAUUAUCAAACAACUAAAUAUCUAUCUGGUUGAUUUGUAAUAAACUGGACCUUAUUCUCGAAACGUAAAAAGUUUAUCGUUUUUCGAAAUGUCACCCACAUUUGGAUAUUUAAAUCACUAAAGCACAUCCCUAUGAUUAUCAAAAUAUUUAAGUACCUAACGUUUAACAUACCUGACAAUUUAAUAGCUAUUCAGCAGUAUUUAACCGUUAAUAGUGGGGUAAAAACAUUAUUGGCUAUGUAAUUAUUCCUAGCUUCUCUAUUUUCGAUGUAAAUUAAUUCUUUGGCUAAGCCUAAUACAGUCGAUACUGGAGAAUUUCCUUUUUAACUGAAUUCUAUAAUUUGUUGUUUCGUUUCUUACAUGUUAUAUAUUAAUUGUUAAGUUUACUAUAAACAUUGUUAUAAUGUUUGUAUUAUUUAUGUAAAUAUUUUAGCUAUAGGUAGAAUAUUGUAUCCAUACAUUGGUGACUAUGAAAUUUUUGAUUAAAUAGUAAAUUGUGAAAUACGUGUUAAACAAUACAUUUAAUUGGAAAUAGUUCAAAUUAGUUUCUUUAGUGGUUAAUAUAAAUCAAUAUUUGUAUUGUCUACGGACACGUUAUUAUUUCUGCAUUUAAUUGGGUACAGUCGUCGUAAUAUGUUUGAUACAGUUCCAUUGUGACUCUAUAUAGAGUGUAAGUUAAAUGUUGGUGUAAUAGUACAAUGAAAUGUGUUGACGACUGUACAUAUCUAUCAUUCCAACUGAUAAUGGCGUGAUUGUGAAGAAUGUUGUGACGCAUAAUGUACAAAUACUUAUGUGUAUCAUUCUCGUCUAACCAAUGAUACGACCAAAGAUGUAGCUCAUUAAAGCCUUGUUCAAAACACAA